AUGCCUACUAACACCCUCUUUUAUGUGAGUCAUUCAGCGAGCUACUUGUCUGUUCCCUUUGGAUUCUUGAUGGAUGCAGCUAUCAUUGGAUGUCGACAAGGUUUUAUUCAUAUGGCUAUCAUUGUAUGUGUGCUAUUCAGCAAACUACUUGUAUUUUGGUCCUUUGGAAUAUUCAUGGAUGCAGACGAAUCAUGUCAGGGUCAAAGAGCAACGUCUACAGCAUCCUUCAGUGUCAGCUUGCCUUAUUACAUCGUUCGACGGUUUUCGUUACUGUACCACCUAUUGGACACUUCCUUUUAUAGCAUCUGCAGCGGCAAGGCAACAAGUUCUAUACCAUCUCGUCUUAUUGUGGUCCUAGUUGUUGACAACCCUUUCAAUGGAUAUCCUGCUACGCAUGCCUGUUAUUGGUGGAUCAUAUCAGCUACAAGCAAGAAGCAGCAACGAGCAACAGAGCCCACAUCUUUAGUGUCAGCAACAUUUAUUGAUCCUCUGGUGGUUCUCGUUAUUGGCAAAUUGAUUUCAAGAGCCCUCUUCACCGCACGUAUCUUAUGGGUGUAUCACAUCAGCAACAGACAACAAUGUUACGUGUCCUUUUGGUGCUGUCAAGGUGUAUCCAUCUCUCAUGGCAUUCAUCAUCAAGUAUCGCUUGGCGAAACGGCUAUCAGAAUUGGUCACUGGGUCGACAUCUCUACAGCAAGGAAAUGUGUUCUGAUUACUGGGUGGCAUCAAACAUCGUGGAUCCUCAUAUGA